UACAGUGCCUAUCCAGAAAUUUAUAAAAUGCCAUCGACUGAUGCUUCCAAAGUUAUUCCCAAGUUCAAAGAAACUUUUUCGCGAUUUGGAAGUCCAGAAAUAUUAAUGACUGAUAAUGGUCCCCCAUUCUCGUCAGUAGCUUUUAAUCGCUUUUACAAAUGGAGUAUCAGGCAUAGUACAUCUAGUCCUCGAUAUCCUCAGAGUAAUGGCCACAUAGAACGGCAUUUGCAAACAAUAAAAAACAUACUUAAAAAGACAACAGAAGCAGGUCAAGAGCAGUAUUUGGCUUUGCAAAACUGGAGAAACACUCCUAGGAACUCGUUACCAUCACCAGCUCAGCUGUGCAUGGGAAGGAACAUAAGGUCAACACUUCCAUGCAAAUCAUCCCAUUAUCACCAAUGCCAAUUUCGUAGAGAGGAUAUCCAACAACAACUGGAGCAGAACCAGAACAAGAUGUCAAUGUAUUAUGACAGAGGUAGUGUUCCCCUCAAUCCGUUGAGACCGUCAACACAAGUUUUAGUGCAUACAGGAAAAGAAUGGUCUCCGGCAACUGUUGUAAAACCUCUAAAUGAACCCAGAUCAUACUUAAUAGAAGAUUCACACGGUCAACAGUACCGAAGAAACAGAGUGCAUCUGAAACCGAAUCACAGCCCCAGAAAAGCAGCUCAAGAGAAAGGAGAAGAGAAACAAGAAAAUGGAAAGGAAGAAACUGAGGAAAAGGAAGAAGGAGUAAUCUCCAAAGAAAAGGACUUUCAAACUCCGACAAGAAAAACUAGUUCAGGAAGAAUUAUCAAAACCCCUGUUCGACUCAAUUUGUAAAUAUGUAUGUAUUUAAGUUUUGUGUGUUCAGUCAUUUAAAAAAAAAAGGAAACAUGUUACGGAAAGAUCUGGCAACACCAGAGAGAUAGCGGCAAUUGCAAGACAGACGGCCCUGAUUAAUGUAUGCGACUGGAGAUCAUCCGGUCCAAGUAGAACCCUGAAUAAAGUAUUUAGAGUAAGUGUUUGUAUUCCUGUCUUACUGGGGGUCUUAAGUGCGUCACGAACGGCGUGUAAACACAAAGCGAGCCAUAUAAAACCGUUCUAACCACAUACGUUUUUGUUUAUAACUAUGAAUAAUCGGAGGUCCUAAUAAAAUUCUCGAAUUAAAUGAGACAGUAAUAUGCAAACGCAAAUAAUAAAAAGGGCGUAUAGUGAAAUCUACGAAAUGGGUCGGAGGAGGAAUAUGCAGAGAAGACAAUAUUGCUUUAUUUGUCAACUGAACGACAGAUCUGAAACCACGCUAAAUUUGAUUGUGUCUAAAU